AUGGAGGACGAUGAUCAGGCGCCCCAGCCCUAUGUGCUCCUUUCCAUAAUUGCCGCCACGUUGGUGGGCACCGUUGGCGUGCUUCCCAUCUUGGUGGUACCCGCCAACCAAUUGAGCCGGCGCGCCGAAGAUUUUCUUGACGCCCGCCGCAGCUUCAAGGCGGCCCAGAUUGAGAUUAUGUUGCGCAGCGGGGACGAUACCGCUACCCCCCAGCCCCUGGCGGCACUGGCCCAUCCACACAGCCUGGCCGAUCCCAACGUUGCCACUGGCCUUGCCCUCAUGGCCGGCGUCCUAGCCUUUUUCUUUCUUGAAAAGAUGGCUACCAUGUUUGGUGAGGGGGAUCAUCCCUCGAGCCCCCACGCGGACAAGAAUGUUAAGCGCGUGUCCAUCACGGGCUAUCUCAACAUUUUAGUCAACCUUUUGGAUAACUUUACCCAUGGCUUGGCCGUGGCCACGGCCUUUUCCAUCAGCUACGAGACCGGAGUGAUGACUACGGCUGCCGUCAUCGCUCAUGAGAUCCCCCAUGAGGUCGGCGAUUAUGCCAUCCUCAUCCGGAGCGGUUUUAGUGUGUACGACGCCAUCAAGUCACAGCUGCUCACGUCUUUUGGCAGUAUUGCCGGUGCGGUGGUGGCCUUGUCCAUGGACACACAUUCAACCAAGUUUCUGAUCUUGCCCUUUACAGCGGGCGGGUUUCUCUAUGUGGCACUUGUGAGCCUGUUGCCAGAUUUACUCGAGCCGCACAGGAGUUGGCCCUGGUUUGCCGACGUGGCCAGUGUCUUGGGAGGCAUUGCCAUUGUCACCUCGACCAUGCUCCUCGAGUCUUGA